AUGACCAAAGCUACCGAAGCAUUGUUAACUGUGUUUGCUAUAUCAUCAAUUUAUUUUGGUAUUUACGCUAAAGUCAUUCCAACUCCAGAAAUUUUUUAUAAUGAAAUCUUACCAUUUUUACCAUUGUGGGCAAUUGUUUCAUUAGGAGCUUAUUCAUUAGCUGUUUUAGGUUACAGAGUUUUAACAUUCAAAGAUAAACCAGAAAAAUAUAAGGAAUUAUUAGGUCAAAUUGAUGAAGCUAAAGCUUUUUAUAAAUCUAAAGGAAUUGAUUUAGAUGAAUAG